AUGACCGUUAAGGAUUUGAAAAUAGAAAAAGCAACGAACUACAUUCAUUACAUUAUCCUGCCUUUGAAAAUAGUUGCAUGUUGGGAUUGGUUUCCAAAGCCGAAGAGGAACCGUGAAAUAUUAAUGAACAACAUUUAUUUAGGGAUGGUAUUAUUUGUACUCACUUACAUGCCAGUUGCCCUUGCGGUACAUCUCUACACUGAAUGGCAGGACAUUAUGUCCAGUCUGGACAAAAUAGCCGAUUGUCUGCCCCUGUUGGUUUCUGUGGCUAUAGUGUCAUACUACGCCCUUUAUAGAAAAGAUUUGUACACGCUAGUGGACUAUAUGGAGAAGAACUUCAAGCAUCAUUCGGCGAGGGGCUUGACGAAUAUGACGAUGUGGGGCAGCUACUGCAAGGCGAGGAACUUCGGCAGGAUAUAUACCGCCUGCACAAUGUUCAGCGUUACUAUGUAUGUCACCUUGCCGCUUAUCCUUCAUUUGUGGACAAAGGAACCUAUUCAGAGCUGGGUAUAUAGUGACGUCACUCAGUCUCCAUUCUUGGAAUUUGUCUUCUUGCGUUAUUUUCUGACGCAGUUUUUCGUGGGAUUGGCUAUGGGACAGUUUGGAGUUUUCUUCGCGGCAAAUUCGAUCCUGAUUUGCGGGCAGCUGGACCUGUUGUGUUGCAGCCUGCGCAAUGCGCGUUACUCCGCGCUGUUGCGACGCGGUGUGCGGUACUCGGCUCUGUUCGCGGCGCGCGCCGAGUUCACCGCCGAUGAGCGACACAAUUACAUUUACAAUGUUGCUGAAACUAUAAAUUCUGAUUUUCAUUACGAUAGGAAAGUUGUGAGUACAAUUUCGACAAAAUUUUGAUUGUUUGACAUGUACAGCUCGGAGUACGACGAAGCAACCGUGGACGCACUGUGCGACUGCGCCCGCUUGUGUCAAAUCAUAAAACAGUACAAGGAGAUGUUUGAGACGUUCGUGUCGCCGCUCCUUGUGCUAAGAGUCGUCCAGGUGACGCUGUACCUCUGCACACUGUUGUACGCGGCUACAUUGAAAUUCGACAUGGUCACCGUGGAAUAUUUGGCAGCGGUUGCUUUGGAUAUAUUUGUGUAUUGUUAUUAUGGCAAUCAAAUUAUCAUUCAGGCAGACCGCGUUUCCACGGCGGCGUACCAAAGCGUGUGGCACACAAUGGGCGUGAAGCCGCGCCGCAUGUUGCUUAACAUCUUGCAGGCCAACAGGAGGCCCGUGGUGGUCCGCGCAGGCCGGUUCCUGCCGAUGGAUUUGCACACUUUCGUCGUGAUAAUCAAGACAUCUUUCUCGUAUUACACAUUGUUGGUCAACGUUAAUGAAAAAUAAUUCAACUUCACAUUCUGCACUCAAUGUAGACGUUAGUUCAUUAUAUGGAUCAUAUUAUUUCAGAUCCACUUACCCUUUUAGAAAUGUUAAUUAUUGCAUCACGUGUCACGAAUACAUCUACUUCCAAACACUCAAAAAUCUGCCGUUCGGAUCGUUUUUAAUACUAGCCUACGCCUUGACGAUUCUAAAUCAACUUUAUCCAUAUUAUAUUUUUUAUUUAAAUUAUUAAACAACACAAGUUCAUAUUGUGUUGGGCAAAUGGAGUUUCUAAAUUAUUACUUUACAAUAAUUACUCUAGCAAGCAAGUGUAGCGCAAUUUUAUAGUAUUGUAGAGAUGUAAGUGCACUUCCCAAGAGUUUAUAAACUAUAUGACGCCAGAAACUGUUCAACAAUUACACUAGUAGUAAAAAUAAAUAAACACAUAUUUCAGAAGUAUUUUAUUUAUGAAAUUAAUAUACAAUUCUCUUCAUACAUCAAUAGAUCAUUGAUUGUUUGUUGAUCGGCAGGCGGCCGCGCGGAUCAGUCUAACACAUUCAAUAGCGAUUAAAUUAUAAUGUUCCGAACGCCUUUCGUCUCAUACAACCGUUGGAAUAACACCAUGGUAACACUAUCGGUGGAAAAUUAAUAAACAUAAAUAAGUAAUUUCAACAUGGCGGCGCAUGGACAAACAUUGAUAUCUUACUAGUCGCAACCGUGACGGUUUCAACGAAGCAUACCUAACGGCUAUUUCAAACCGCUUCAAGUAAGCGAGACACGCUAACUUCAUUCAAUUAAAAAAUCUAUUCUCCAGACAAUGUACAUGACAUUUUUUUCAAAAAACAAUAUUUACAAGAUGUGCCAAUUUCGUAAUUUUCCAAUUAAAACCGUCGACGAAAAAGAUAAGGAAAGACGCGGCUACAAAAAGUCGCAGUGGCAGGUUGCACAAGACUCCUCAGUCGCACAAAGCAUCGUACACACCAAGGGGACGGUGUGAUUGCGUCUUUACAACUAUAUAUUUUUUUUUAUUUUGUUCAUAUAAUCAACACACUACGCGUCGUUUACAAGUGGAUUCUUUACGCUUACUACUUAAUUAUACAAAGGAGUUUAGUUUACUUUGAAUAUUUCCUUUCAAUUAACAUUAGUCGGUCAUUAAAUUUAUUAUCCGUGUCGCGCAGUUUCCACGCGGGCGGAGCGUCGCGCGUGAGGACGCCUCGUCGUACUGCGGUAGUAACGUAGCAUAUUGUCAUUGUUGAAUAUUUGUUUGUUACAUAAAGAAAUUUUCUAUUUAGCCAAAAUAUUUUUGUAUACGUGGAAUCGUCUGCCCGCCGACGUGGAAACCGACCGACGCACUUACAUUAACACGGUUUGAUAAUGAUUACAACUCAAGCAUACAUCAGUCAUACGAAAACAUUCUCCCAGACAUAUUCACGCAGCACACGUUACAUCCGUCCGCAGACAAAACGCCCUACAGGGAUAUCCCAAGCCAAGUUUGGACUGCCAUCGUCAAGUAUAAACAAAAAAAUAUAAUAUAGAUGACUAAAUGGAAUAACACUGGCAGUUUAUAUCUAAAGAGUAAAAAUGUUUCGGAUUUAAAAAAACAAUCUCCCAUCCAGUGUUGCCGCACGCGCGACUUCUCGAAUUUUAUCGAUUUUUAAUCGCGCGUGAACGGUGACAUUGGUUCUUAAUGUUGCUUACUACAUAACUUAAAAACUCAACGUACAGAGAAAUACACCGCCACUGUGCAACACUUAGUACCAAAUACCAAUAUAUUUAUAUUAUAAACAUCCUUUGGACCUGAAAUUGUCGUAUUAAAAAAAUACAAACUUACAAGUUACGGUUAUUGCGAAGCAAAGUGUAAUUAUGUUACAGUGGGCUGGCAACAUCGCUCUGUACACGUCACCGCGACUACACGGGGGACAUCAGAGAGCUAGCGGCUUCACAAAUAAUACUUGAUUGUAAAAACCAUUUUAUACAUAAAAAUAAUGAAUACAAAUUCUAUAAAAUGGAUAAGCGCGUACAACAGACAGUAAAGUAGGUAUUUGGUUGCAAAUCGUCAUAAAAUCUGCAAAACACUGGUAUAUGCCCUUAAAAUUUUUAAUAAACAGUUAUUUUACUGUCGGUCACGCGCAUUUUUGCAGAAAGGCCAAGUUGAAGUUUAGAGUAUCACUUAUCCGGUCUCACUGGCAUCAUAUCAAAAGGCAGUUUCGAUGAUAAUAAGUCAAGAAUUACAACUGUUGCCAAUAGCUCAAAUAAACGUGAGUUUUUCAAACCAUCAUGUCUGCAUCCUUAUUGUUGUGUAACUUGGAUAAAUGAC